AGCCUAAAUAUAGUCAUGUGUGAUCUUGUUUGAUUUGUCUUAACAUAUAGAUUAUUAAUAUAUAAUUUCUAUAAUUUUUUAAUAUACAAAUUACAAGAUAAAAUGGAUUAAAAAAGUGUAUUGGAUGAAAUCAAAUCACAUAUAAAUAAAUACAUAUAUGGCUGCUACUAGAACUUCUACAUGCUCUCAAGGAGGUUCUGGCGGCGGCGGCGGGACGUAUUGGAGUGCAAGAGAGAACAAGGCGUUCGAGGAGGCGCUGGCGGUGUAUGACAAGAACACGCCGGACCGGUGGUGCAACGUGGCAAAGGCGGUGGGAGGGGGGAAGACGGAGGAGGAUGUGAAGAGGCAUUACCAAAUCCUGGUGAGGGAUGUCAACCGCAUUGAGUCCGGCCGCGUCCCCUUCCCCAACUAUACCACCACCACCACACGCCCCUCCUGUUAGUCUCAUCAUCAUCAUCUCACUCAUUUUUGAAUUU